AAGGAAGUUUAUAUAUUUAAUUUAAUAAAAUUUUCUGAUAUGCUUGUAUAUUAGUCAAUGAUGAUCAUUAUAUGGCUAAAUCAAAUGUUUGUAAAUAUUAUAAUAUUGUUCUAUACAUUUAUUAAUUUAAAUAGUUAUACGUCUGAAAAUUAAAACGUUUAAAAAAGCUUUAAGUAUUAAGACAUAUACACCAUAUCAACAUUAGAAAUAUUAUUUUUAUUAUAUCCUAUUUAUCGAUCAAUGCAGUCUUGAGUAUGCCAAAGGUAGAAUCAGGUAGAAUUAAAAUGUUUGCCAGUAUGGGUUUAGUUCCUCCUACCAAUGGGGCAUAUAAAGAGGCACUGGUUUUUCGGGUUUGAGAAUGUGAGAAAUGAUUACUGGAAAUAGCAUUAGGUCAAGAGACAAUUGACAUUAACCAAAGACAACUGAAUAACCAUACACAGACGCAAAUCUCAUAAGAGACACAGAGAAGCUAGAGGCUGAAGUUGAUUUAAGCAUUUGGUAAAAGGCGUACAAGGUAACCAAUACUGGUGGGGAUUUAGAAGUACCAGUGGAAGAUAAUUCUAAAUCUGACGUAAUCUACAGCACCGAGGAAUUUUGUGUUUGACAGUUAGUUGUCACAGAAGGUAUGCUGGAACCAGUAUAAAAGUUUUGGAGGCAUAAAUCUACACACUUCGCCACACUUCCGGCACAGAUGGACACAGCUAUUUAAAAUUGAGAGCUUCGAUGGAUUGUUAUUGAGAAACUAUACAAUAUUUUUGUGAGAGAUUUGUCUUAAAUAAAAAAAAGUACUGUGAACGAUGCUAUUCCAUACAUCAUGCAAGAGUAAAGAGCGGCUUGUUGGUAAAACUGUCAUCAUCACCGGAGCAAACACCGGUAUCGGUAAGGAAACUGCGAGGGAUUUAUAUAGAAGAGGCGCUCGAGUAAUUCUUGCGUGUCGAGAUGUUCAGAAAGCAGACGCGACUGCUAAAGAAGUAAAAUCAAAUCCGCCGUCGCAACCAAACAAGGAACAGUUCCAGGGUGAACCAGGGGAAGUUCUAGUCUACCAGCUGGACCUCUGCAGUUUAGCUAGCGUGAGAAACUGUGCAAAAGAUAUUUACAAAAAAGAAUCAGCCGUGAAUAUUCUGAUCAACAAUGCCGGCAUGGUCAUAGAAUCCUUCGGAAAAACCGAAGAUGGUUUCGAAACUCAACUACAGACCAAUUAUCUUGGACAUUUUCUGUUCACGCUUCUAUUAUUGCCAAAGAUUCGAGCUUCUGGUCCAGGCUGUCGAAUCAUCAAUGUAUCGUCUCUGGCCCAUCAUUAUGGGGAUAUUCAUUUUGAUGAUUUAAAUUUGGAAAAUUCGUAUACGAUGAAAGAAGCUUACUGUCAAUCCAAACUGGCUAAUGUUUUGUUCACCGUAGAAUUGACCAGACGUUUAAAAGAGGCCAACAUUGAUGGUAUCACAACGUACUCCGUUCAUCCUGGUAUGGUAAAAACUGACAUAUCGAGAAAUAUACAUUCAUACCUACUUCGCAUUAUGCAAGUAGUGUUGACUCCUUUUGCGCCACUGUUUGUAAAAACGUCCGAGCAGGGUGCGCAAACCACGAUCUACUGUGCAGUCGCUCAAGAGUGUAGUAAAGAGAGCGGACUUUAUUACAAGGACUGCGCGGUAGCAAACUUGACAAAUAAAGUUAAUGACACAGAGUUGAUUGCCAAGUUGUGGAAUGAAACCAUGAAGAUGGUGCGUUUAGAACAAGAAAACAAUCUCGAAGAAUUACUCAAGAAAAUUGAGAAGAAUGUUUUACAGUCCGUAGAUGAUACAUUAAAAAAUUCUGAAAAAGUCAUUCCACCGUCAAAUAUCUAAUUUCCGUUAAAGAAGCAGAAGUUAUUAAUAUUGAUAUCAAUACAGUGAUGAAAUACUUUAAAUUACAGUGAACGCACGUCCGAUAUCAAAAAAUUGUAUCAUAAAUGAAACAUACUUUACGUACAGUUGUAAUUGUGACAGUAUUAUUUUGCUUUCAAUGAAUAUUCUGUAUUCCUUGCAAAACUUGUACUUAAUCAAUAAAACUAGAGAUAUA